UGAGACAGACAGGAAUAUAUUAUGAAUUUUUGCUCUGGAGAGGUCUUCACUGCAGGUUAUUAUGGAUCUAUACAUCGUGUUCGAGCCAAUCAGAUGUAGAAUUUUCUGUGUUUUAGAGCUGGGUGCCAUUACUUUCCCUCCCGCGAAUCGGAUUAAACUGCUGCAGCAUGUCAGGAAUGUGGUCUUUGAAAUAAACCUGAAGAAACAUAGAUAGAUGCAUUAUCAUUUUAAGACAUCUUUACAAAUCUCACGAAAUGUUCAGGGAGAUUCUUUUUCCAACUCAGCAUGCCAACACCCCUCGAAUUAUAGGCAAGCUUUAAUAAAGUACAGCUAAAAAUGUCCGUAAUAACACGCUGUCAUUUCACAUUCAACAAAUUCUCUCAUGCUCUUGCCUCCUGGUCUUAGUGCGCAUGCUCCCUGCAUCCUUUGCCGGUAAAGAGCGCUGCGACUUCAACACAGCCCUCCUGUAAAAUUCUUGGCAGCCUGGAAAAAAAAAAAAAGCAAGAUGAUGAGACCAUCUCGGGUCGGUGCUGCCGCGAAAUGGGAGGAACGUAACUGAGUCCGAAAAGCACAACGACAGACUGACACAAAUAAUCAAAUAUACUGAAAAACAAUCGCAAUAAGAAAGCCUAACUUUGCAGAGUGAAAUCGAAUACAUGCAAACUACCAUGGAGUUAAAGAAAUCUAUUUCGGCGACGGAGAGAGCGCUCAAAAGCUACGGGGCGGUGAUGGAGACCGAGUGGAAAACGGACAAAGACCAGCUGGACAUCGUGUCGAUGGCAGAGACCUCCAUGUCUCCGGAUGAGAUGGAGGUGGAGAUGGUGCGAAUCCAGCGUCUCCGAGAGGUCCUGGUGCGCAGGGAGUCCGAGCUACGAUUCAUGAUGGACGAUAUCCAGUUAUGUAAAGACAUCAUGAAUCUGAAACAAGAACUUCGGAAAAUUGUGGUAGUUCCAGAGAAAGAGAAAACCAAGAAGCACAAGCAGAGGGAGGAGGAAUUGAUCCUGAAAAUUCAUAAACUAGUUCAGAAACGAGAUUUCCUGGUGGACGACGCAGAGGUGGAAAGAUUAAGGGAGCAGGAGGAAGACAAAGAGAUGGCUGACUUCCUUCAUCUAAAACUGAUGCCACUGGAGAAAAUGACCAAAGGGACUGACAGUUCUCCUAAAAAGAAGGUGACCCCUGAACCACCACCCAACAAGCCGUCCAUCGCUAAAUCAGGGGCAGCCAUAAUCAAGGACUGCUGUGGAGCCACAGAAUGCACCAUCAUGUAACCAUGACGAUUCUGAGAGCCCACACUGCUGGCUGGAGCCUGCUUUUGCAGGGAGAGGGGAGAACAAACAAUAAAAAAAAAAAAAAAGAGAUACACUAUAAGAGAUACAAUGUAUGUGUUUAGUCCCAACCUCACAGUCAUAUGAGAGAUCUUUUUCUUGAGGUGAGCCCAGGUUUUUUGCCCCAAUAGUACAUGUCAAAUUUGUAGUAACUCUCAAAAUAAUGAAGUUCAAGUUAAGUUCAACUAAAGCCUGAAAUAUUGCAUGCAGUCACUGAUUGUGGAGUUAGGAAAGGAAUCUGUUCUAUACUUCUGACUUGAGAUUAAAACAUAUUAAAUUAAACAAGGACCCUUUAAAAAAAAAAAAAAAAAAAAAAACACAAUUGGGUGUUAAAAACCUCAACUAAAAAAUUAACACCCAAAUUCACAAACGAACUUAAAAUGUAGUAUGGAAUGAAGCCUUUUUUUAUUGCUUAUCUACUGCUAGAAAGGAUGGCUUCGUUGACAAGAGCAAGGAAAUAGGACUAGAAUUUUAAUUAGUUUGUUAUCCC